AUGAGCUGCGGCACGGCGCGCGUUCUGCUGGCGGUAGCGCUGCUGUCCACGCAUCUCUGUCCGACCAGGUCGGAGGACGCAGACUCCAGCACAGAAGACGAUGCGGCGCUGCCGUCGUACGCGGACGGCCCCGAGCCGUUCCUGCAGCUGCCUGGCGCGACAGCGACAGGUGCUGCGCUGUACGGCGGCUGUGGGGGCGGCAAGUGUGGCGGGGACGGGGACGGCGGGCAGCGCGGGGGCCGCUUCCUGGGCCUGCUGGCCGGCCUCAAGCUGGGCGGCAGCGACGCGGCGGGCAGCCUCGCCGCCUCCAACAGCUUCUCCUGGUUCGGCAAGCCCAUCAACUACGCUCUGUCGCUCUCCUACGGCAACCCGCCACCCACGGGUCCCACCGGGCCGACGGCGCCAACCAACCCCACCAACCCCACUGGAACCGGAACCGGGACUGGAACCGGAACCGGAACCGGGACAGGCACAGGCACAGCAUAA